AUGAGAAAACCGACUUAUGAUGAUGUUCAGCGACUGCUAAAGUUGCAUGAAGAGUGUCAUGGUUUUCCUGGCAUGCUUGGUAGUCUUGAUUGCAUGUAUUGGGCUUCGAAAAAUUGUCCGGUCGGAUGGAAAUGUCAGUACACACGAGGUGACUACGGACAUCCUACAAUAAUGCUUGAAACAGUCACCUCGGUGGACCUUUGGAUAUGGCAUGCAUUUUUUGGUGUGGCUGGUUCGAACAACGACCUUAAUGUCUUGAGUAGAUCAAACUUGUUUCAGGAGAGUCUACAAGGAGUUUCUCCUGUAGUUCAUUUCACUAUUAAUGGUAGUGACUACAAUAUGGGGUACUACCUUACAGAUGGUAUAUAUCCUGAAUGGGCUGCUUUCGUUAAAAGCUUCCCACACCCUCAAGACCCCAAAAGAAUAUGUUUCAAACGUAAACAUGAAAGUGCAAGAAAAGAUGUGGAGAGAGCAUUUGGAGUACUUCAAGCCCGUUUUGCAAUAGUUUGUGGACCAGCACGAUGUUGGCAUAAAAGUAAACUCCACGAUAUUAUGGAAGCAUGUAUUAUAUUGCAUAAUAUGAUUGUUGAAGAUGAGAGACACACAUAUUCGCGAAACUUUCCCGACGAUGAUUUCUCACCACAUGUUGAGGACGUUCAACAUGGACAUGUUCAAGAUUUUCAAGCAUAUCUCGCAAGGGAUGUAGCCAUCCGGGAUAGACAAAUGCAUCAUCAACUCAAAGCGGAUCUUGUCGAACACGUUUGGACACGUUUUGGAAGCCAAGAUGAUAAUUGA